AUGAAUUUCCUCUAUUCAAUAUUUGCACCCAUCAUUUUUCUUGUCACAUUCCUUUAUAACCAUGUUCUCCUCAUUUUAUUCACCGUUUGCAUAAUUGGAGCCGUCGCGUUCUUCGUCUCCUACUAUCUUUUCGCCUACUCCAACACACCAUCAUCGGCGUCGUCGAGUGCCGCCACGUCAGCUAGAAACUCCCCGAAUAAAGAACGUAAAAAGAAAGUGCCGACGAUUCUGGAGACAGACAACGAGGAUGAUGAGACACGUGUCGAUGGACUUCCGAGAACGGGUACACCCACUAAAUCACUUCCACUGGAACCGCCGACUUCACUUCCACUCAACACUAUGCCUACUUCAAUCAGCGGAUCCAAUUUGGCGGGUUCACGACGGAUGAGAAAACGAGAUUGGGCCAAGAAGAUUUAUAAGAGUUUAGUGCAAGAUUCUCCUGGCCGAACACCCACGGACGAUUCAUCCGACGAAGACAACGGAAAUCUUGUGAUGGGUGGCGCAUCACUCCCUCGACGUCGUUCGAAACAAGGCUCCAAAUCUGGAAGACGUCAUUCUACAGCAUUUCAGAUGGCCAAGGACCUCCUCCGUCGUGGAAGUCGUGUGUACUUCCGACAGAAUCAGGAGAACAACAAAGACACCCGUCUUCGUCCUCCACAAGAAUUCUUUGAACCUACAGAUCUUCCAGAGAUCCCACAGAAUCUUCAACCCGAGAUAUUCUAUAUUCUUCAUAAUUUGAAGAUGCUCGAGUUGCCAUCGGAAUGGAAGUUGGAUCCACGAGAGAUUGAGGUUCGGUCUUUCCAAGCUGGAGAGUACAUUGUGAAGCCUGGAGAAUCAGAUGACGCGAUUUACGUUGCGAUUGAUGGAGAAUUGACUGUUCACAUUCGGUUUCUUUCACUCCUCUCAAUGCUCGAUAUUCUCAUGGAUUUCCCGUCCAUCUUCCGUACAGUAGCCCUAAAAGCCGCCGAACCAUGCCGCGUCGCCAAAUUCCCGAUCACUUCGUUCCGCGAGUCGUACCACAAGAAUCCAGAAGCAUGGAUCCGUCCGAUUCAAAUUGUCAUUACUCGAUUGCUUCAUGUCACACUAACCACACUGCAUCAGUAUAUGGGACUGAGCAGCGAGUUGAUGAGAAGAAGAAGAGACGACGACAGGGUGCGCAAUGGCAGCAGCACAUCGAAACUCCAUUUGACGUUGUCGCUGAAAAAGAAAGAGAAACCAUUCAAUAUCAAUGAUAGCGAAGAAGAUCAGCUCACAACUGCCAGAAAAUGGAUGGCCGAAGCGUUUGGACUCGUUGCAGACGACGCUAUCUCAGAACAAAUCGGCAACAAGAUUCAUCUGGAGAGCUAUGACGCCGGUCACGUCAUCAUUGAGCAAGGAGCAGAGGAAGAGGUUCUGAUGAUGGUGCUCCAUGGAAAUUUGAUUCUUGCUCAGGAAUCUCUGUUCGAUGAGGAGAAUAAUGAGGAAGACGAGAGUGCAGUGAUUCGAGUCACAGCUCGGGAACUCGUCGGUGGCCUUCAGAUUCUGACGAAUGAACCAUCGUUCUAUACAAUUCGUGCAGCGGUGCCAACUAAAGUGGCCAUCAUGAAGAAGAAGGAUUUCUCGACGUUCUUAGAAGCACAUCCUGAGAUCUACCUUCCAGUAGCUCACUCUGUUCUACGUCGACUCUCUCCAUUCCUUCGUGGAGUCGAUUUUGCAUUGGAUUGGGUCCUCGUCGAUUCGGGACACGCUUGCUAUCGUGCUGGAGACAUGGCUGACUCCCUAUUCGUCGUUCUCAGUGGACGACUUCGUUCCGUUGAGAAGAAGACAGUUGUAGAAGAAUUCGGUCGUGGAGAUGUGCUCGGAAUGAUGGAGGUGCUCACCAAAAAGCCACGUGCAACUACAGUACUUGCUGUUCGUUUCUCUCAACUUGCUCGAGUGCCAGAAGGACUUUUGAACUUUAUCAAAAUGCAAUACCCACAAGUCGGAUUCCGUUUGGUUCAGCUUCUUGGUCAGUACUACAGUCAAACGAAUCGCCGGGCUCAGUUUGCUGCUCCAACUGUCAUAAGAACCAAUGAAAUGGGCGCUACCGAUCCAAUGAGUCACAUCAAGAAUCUUCAUACCAUCGCUGUGGUCCCAGCAUCUCCAGAUGUUCCAUUGGUGCCUUUCACAUGUGAACUCUAUCAUGCUCUAUCCUCCAAUCUUCGUGUUCUUCGUCUCAGCAGUCAGAAAGUGGCUGCCUGUUUAGAUCCGAGUGUUUUGGAGAAACAAGCUGACUUCCGUCUGAUGCAUUGGCUGAACGUUCAGGAAGACACGUAUCCACUGGUGAUCUAUGAAUGCGACUUCACUCCGACCAAUUGGACGAGACGGUGUCUUCGACAGGCUGAUGCGAUUUUAGUCGUUGCCAUUGGUGGAAAACAUCCGGAGAAACAGACACUGAUGAAGGACUUGAUGAGUAUGAAUCAGGAUGGAGUUCGUACUAACAAGGAACUGAUUCUACUGUGGCCAGAGAGCACGAAGACCCCAUCUGGAACGAUUGAAUGGCUCAAGAACAGCUAUUUCUCUGGUCAUCACCAUAUCCGUGCACCGAAGAGAAUGCUCCAGUGGAAUAGAAAAGUUCGAAAACAGAGCCGAAUUGAUCUGAUGACACCGUCCAACGUGGAGCAUGAAGUUAUCGAGUACUACGAGAAGAAUGUAUUCUGGACAACUGAUAGAAGAUCUGACUUCUCGAGACUUGCACGAAUUCUGACUGGAAAUGCCAUCGGAUUGGUUCUUGGUGGUGGUGGAGCUAGAGGAGCAGCACAUGUUGGAGUUCUCCGAGCACUUAGAGAGGAGGGAAUCCCAGUGGAUAUCGUUGGAGGAACAUCAAUCGGAUCGUUGAUCGGAGGACUUUAUGCUGAAUCUCCAGAUGAUCAAAUUGUGGAACAACGGGCUGCGUCUUGGUUCAGUGUGAUGUCUUCGUUGUGGAGAAAACUUCUUGAUUUAACUUAUGCUCAUAGUGCUAUGUUCACCGGUGCUCAAUUCAACUACACAAUCAAGGACCUGUUCGAAGAACGUCUUAUCGAGGAUCUCUGGAUUUCUUACUUCUGUAUCUCCACUGACAUCAGCACUUCGGAAAUGCGAGUUCAUCGAUCUGGACCACUCUGGGCUUACUGUCGUGCGUCUAUGUCAUUGGCUGGAUACCUUCCACCACUCUGUGAUCCACAAGAUGGCCACCUCCUUCUGGAUGGUGGAUAUGUCAACAACGUGCCAGCUGAUGUGAUGAGAAAUUUGGGAGCCCGUUGUGUGAUCGCUUGUGACGUUGGAUCGAUAGAAGAGACCAAUUUGUACGACUAUGGAGACUCGUUGAGCGGAAUCUGGGUGCUUCUGAAACGUCUGAAUCCGUUCGGAGAGCCAGUACGAAUUCUGAAUAUGGAAGAGAUCCAGAGCCGACUCGCCUACGUAUCCUGUGUUCGACAGUUGGAGGUUGUCAAGAAAGCGUCGUACUGUAGAUAUCUGAGACCUCCAAUAGAGCCAUUCAAAACACUGGAUUUCCCGAAGUUCAAUGAGAUUAUGGCCCUCGGACUGAAAUAUGGACGUGAAGCGGUGCACGAACUGAUCACAAACGAUCGUGCUGGUAUUCUUGGAGACGAGAAGGAGGCCAGAAAGUUCAAACGACAACAAAGUCGUCGUGAGAAGCCAGAUGUGUCUCGUGCGGUUUCAUUCACCGAUCUCGCUGCUGCAAUGUCCAAAAUUCCGGUGAUGCGACCGACGUUGCGACACUCGAUGAGUCUGAAUCCGUCUGCAACUUCUGGUCCGGUCGGAAGAGCUGGUGAUCAUUUCCUGUUGGAUGAUGAUUUGUUCAAUGAAAGCGACUUCUACGAGGAAGAGGAAUCAUCGCAAUCCGAAACUGGCAACGACUCGUUCUCUGAAGACGACGAUCUUGUCAUUGGCCCACCGAGCAAUUCAUCGUCAUCUGGUGGAUCCGGCGGAAGUGGAUCCAACGAUCCUAGCCGUGUAGUCACUCCACGCCCACCACCAUCUUCCUGA